AUGCAAAGCCUCCGCAUGCGCACUGUGACCAACUUCCUAAUUGUGAACAUGGCGUGCGCGGACAUUCUUUACACACUGGUUUCUUUUCCUCCACUUUUUGUCAUGAUUUUUAACGAAUACGAUUGGGCAAUGAGUCGCCGUGGGCUUGGCAUAUUCUUCUGUCAGGUGGUAAAUUUUGGUCAAUACAUGUUGGUUCCUGUUUCAGUCCUCACUCUAGCCGCUAUCGCUUUCGAUCGAUUCUUCGCCAUUUUGAUGCCACUGAGGCGUAUCAUCAACAAACGUGUCUUCCGCUGCAUCGUAAUUGUCAUCUGGGUGACUUCCGCCGCCGUAGCUGCGCCAUUGCUGUACGCAUUAGAAGUUACUAUAGACAGCAAUGGCGGCUUGACCUGCGACGAAAAAUGGGCCCCACUCUUUGACGAGAACACGGCGCACAGGGAUUACGCAUUGGUUUUAUUCUUUAUAAUGUUUUGUCUCCCAAUCUCCGUAAUGAUCGCCUUGUACUCAGUGAUUUGUCGUCAUUUGUGGUCCAUAAAGCCACCUGGAGAGAUGGAGCAAGAGGAAUCCAAGAACUUGAUUAAACGACGUAAUUCACGACGAAGUGUCGUGAAAAUGCUUAUUACCGUUGUUGCAGUUUUCAUCAUAUCCUGGUUACCACUGCAGAUUGCCAAUUUAAUAUUUUUCUUUCAGGAAGUUGUUAUUUCAGAGUCACUUUACUUCGCCUGUGAGAUUUUCAUGCGCGCCAGCUGCGCUUUCAAUCCAUUGGUUUACGCAGUUUUCAGUGAGAAUUACCGUCAGGGAUUUAAGAAGGUGUUUGCCCGAUGCUGUUGUUCAAAGAUUAAAGCUUUUGUUCCGCAAAGAGCUUUUAGUACUUCGUCUUCGCGCCAACAAACGGCGCCUUCCUUAUUGAGGAGUGACUACGCCUUAUCGAGGCGAGAAGGCGGCAAGAAAAGUUGUCGGGAAGUGAAAGAAGAGGAUCAAGAGGAACAUCAAAUUUGAAAUAAAUGAGUGUAAAAAUUUCUUCAUUGAUUUUGUAUCGUAACUGAAAAAGGUUUGAAACCACCUUAACUGAAAGUAAACGUUGACACCGUUGCCAGUUUGCCAGACACUGUUGACAAACUGAAGAGGAAAAACGUUCUACUUAGCUGACUUAAUAAACUAAGUGCGGUGGUUUAAUCUUCGAGUAAAUUUGAAACUAUUGCAUGUCCCUGCGGACACAUACCGUAUUAUUCCCAUUGUUAUUGUAAUUAAUAUUACUGUUACAUUAUUAUUAUAAUGAUCACUAUUAUCAUUAUCUUUACAUUAUCAUUGUUGUGCUAUGGCCGUAAGGACCUCCCUUAAAUUUUGACUAGACCACUCCAGUUAAAAAUAUCUGAAAACGUAGACUAUCUGUUCAAGCGCUGGAAAGAAGGCGUCUGAUUAAAGUAACUAGACCCCCUAAAACUGUAAGUCCUUAGGACCUGAAUUGAAGCAUCAGGCACGUCCUGCGUCAACAGCCCUGCUCAAAAUUACAGCCCGGGAGAAUCGUCCAAAGCGAUCGGUUAUUACUCCUGGAUUUGAACCAUUUACUGUGUGAAGGUAUCUGUUACUAUUGCUAUUUACACCCGCCAAUAAUCGUUAUUACUAUCAUUUAUAUUUCCUCGUCAAUGAAAGACCAGCUGUCCUGAAGUUCCUUAUCAAGUCUCGCUGUUGCUAUUUUUCAGAAACUUUCACGUUCGAGUUCACUAUUUCACGCUGAUAUAGAUCAUGCUGAGAUAUGCCUAUUCGCAGAAUUAUAUUAUACACCUACAGCAAGUGAAAAUAAUUAAAUUGGACGCUCAAAAAAAACUAUAAUCGUUAGAAGUGAAUAGAAACGGAAGUGUAAUUCUGCGACCUUGUAUAUAAUAAUGCGCUGUUACGCAGAUGGCUGUAAUGAUGGAAAUCUUCUUCGUUAAAAACUAAUCUAAUAAAAACUGCAACAUAUAUAUCCUAAAAACAAAAGAUAAAAAUAAAGACGUCUAGAAAAAAAUUAAUUGGGAUUUUCGUAGUAGUAUGUAUGCCUCGAUGCUUGUUCACUUUCUAUUUGGACAUCAUAUUCCAGACACACUGUUUUAGCUUAGUUAUGAAUUUCCUGACUUUAGUCAAAGUCUUUAGGUUAAAUUAUUGAAUCACACUGCAUGUCACCUGCGGCAAGUCCUCUUUUCUUUAUCACUAUUUUUCUCCAUUGCUGUGACGUACAGACAAAUUUCUUUCCUUUUGUGUAGCAAAGUACGAGGCCAAUUUCAUGCAAUCUCCAAAGUAAUUUUCUGAAAGGUGACGUCUCUUUGAAGUUAGUUAUAAUGCCAUUGUUAUAUUUCAAGGGGUUUCAGAUAUCAUUAUUUUUUCAGUCAAUGUAUGUUGUUUUUUGUUUUAGCUUAACAUAUGCGGGGUAUAAGUUUGUGAUGACAGGAUAGAUUAGUUCUGUAUAGAGAGGAAGUUAUUUACAAGAUUUCACUAUCAUUUAGUUUACAAGCAAACAACAACUUUUAAAACGAUCUCAAGAGAAAAUGUGUUUCCCCAUGAUUUGAAAAGUGUCCGGUAAAACUAUCAAAACAACAAUCACUGAUUCACCGGCUGAAUCUUUAAACAACAGGGAACUCACAUGACUAAAACCCAUGGGGCAAAGCGCGCCAAUAAGAAUGCAAUCUAUGGGCCAGGAAAAAUAAAUUGAGUGCCAAUACAAAUGUGCCCCGAGUAAAAGUGUUGAAUUCGCAAAGGAUACAGAAAAUCGUUACUAAACAUUGCCAUAAGAUGGUAGUAUCAGUUGUUUCUUUCCCAGAUUUAAUCACUGGUAGAUAAUUUUGGUAUAUACUUGACCAAUUCUUGACCUACCCGUUCAGGAAGCAAACAACCUGUCUAGGGUCAACGAGCAUCACUGAUUAUUUUACUUGGAUUUACUGUCUCUUAGUUCACUUAUAGUAAAAUACAAACGCAGUUACCUAACCUCAGAGCUUGGAAAAAACCGAGUAUCUAUCUUUUGGAAAGGAUUUAACAACAGGGAGGAGAUUCAAAGACCAUUUUGCCGAAGCCUGUAUGAAAAAUUAAAAGCUAGAACCCGUCGUUUGUGGCCAAAAUCGAUGAGUCUUGGUUUUUCAGUCUGUAAUGCGUUUUCUAAGAACUUAGUCCGUUUCAGUUUUCUCUACUUGGUCCUGUUUGUAUGCUGUUUCAUUGUGAAAGUUUUUCUUACUUGUUUGAACAAAACAAAGGUGGCCACUUCACAAAUAGAAUUUGACUGGUGGUGUCAACAAUUUGUCGCCUCUCAAUGGCUGAUCGGGUGACUGGCAAGUUAUCCUGCGGAGCAGGGUUAUGAACAUCCCGUUGACAAGUUACACGAAAUUGCAAAAGAAAAUCAGAGUUCUUGAAUGAUUCUUCGAGAUUGCAAAAUAAACCAGCCUUUCUUUUCAUUAAUAAAAGUGCUUUUGAGUGGGAUUUUCUCUAUCUACGACCGUCACCUUUUCUGUCAUUUGCUGUGAAAUAUUCAUGGAAGGUAAGUGAGAGAAUGCCCGGGUCAUGACUUUGGAAUGUGCAAUUGAUUAAAUAAGACUCCCAGAUAAGACACGUCAAAUAAGAAUACCAGAAACUCGAAGGCCAUUUUGGCUCAACCAACAAAAUUCGAUAAGGACUUUUUAAGGGUUUGGUAGUUUCACAAGGUAAGAAAAUGACCAUCGUCUACCAUUUGCGUUUGUAUAUUUCCCAACGAGGCGCAUUAUUUUGGAAAGGUCUUAAUUCAACCUGUCUUCUACCUGCUACAAGCAGCCGUGUUUUUCUUUGUGCAAGUCUUCGUGGUUAUAGAAACAAGAAUUUUCCACUGACGUAACUGUAGGUUGUACUUAACCCCUCACUCUCUGGGUCUUGUAAGAACGCAGGUAGCAGCCCUUGUACUCGAUACGUCCAAGCAGCUUGAUUAUACAGCGUUCACAGGACGACGGCAGAGGGGCAAUUGUUAGUCAAUAUUUAUGUUAAAAUUUCAUAACACUUUUAUUUUUCGAUCGGUUAUUAUAGACCAGCUGAUAAUUAAGUUCUGUUUUGUUAAACGGCAAAACAUUUUUUUUUUUGAUACAAACAAAUUCUGAAUUUGAUGUAUUCUUUUCUUUUAGGAAGGAUGGAGAGAUUUGUCUUCCUUAUAGCUUUGACCGUUAGCGGUAAGUGCAUUUUCAUAUGAUGCUUUGAACGAUCAUUCAACGGUUUUUAGCCUGGAUACGGUUUUCAACUUGUAACAACAUGAGUUUGAUGAUAAUUUUGUUGAGACGACGAUGUAAUCGCCUUAAAUGCUACAGAAGACGAUCAAUUGUUAGUUUUUUUCAUAAUGUUGAAGAGAUAAUUGUUUGAUCUAUAUAGGCAAACCCCCAUAUAGUUUCCGACUGACAUGGCUUUAUGUGUGGUCAUCGAUGUCCUGAGCUAUCAAGGAUACUGUAAAACGAUGCUGCAACUCAAAAAGCGUAGUUCGCUAUGAAAUUAACAGUUUGAUAUGCAAGGCCAUAAUGUAGAAUUAGUGGCAGCCUGAAUCGGUGGACCGCCAAACGCCGGGGCCAGAGGCCUUUAUAAACUAACCUGUGCACUUACUAGCAAAUCCACUAGAAGCAAUACACAUGGAUAUUGUUUUCUUAACUUUAAUCACAAUAUUUACAAUACUUUUUUGGUUCUUUGACAACUUUAAAACACCGUGAAAUUUAGAGGUUCCGUCUUGACAUUGUCUGAAUACCUGCAGAUUGCGUAAAGUUUGAAUGACAUGAAUCUACUGAAAAUGUUGAGGAUUGCAGUUUCCCGAUGACUCAGAGUCAAUUCCGUUCAGACGAAACUGAAAACAGAUGUAGUUUAACUGAGCAUUGUUAAUGUAAUAGGAAGUUUUGUAAAACUGCGCUCACUGGAAAAACUUCCACCAGGGAAUCAGAAUAGGUGCACUUCAGUUGAAGCUUCAAGGCACAAAUGAAAUUAGCCUCAAAUGUACGUCACAGUGAACUCUUUUGACCUCAGAUCCUACGAAGAAUUAGCUUAGUGGAGCCGAUGUGUAUUUCUCCAAUAUAUUUUUUAUUCUUUUCAAGAGGCUCGCACAGAUUCUUUGACCACCAUCGAUUUAUUUGUUGGGUGACACAAACACAAAAAUGCUUAUUGUAACAAACUGAUUAUUUUUGAUGCAGAUUUCCGUAAAAAAUGUUUUUCUUUUUCAUGACAAGAAAAUAAUUUCUUACAAAAGCUAACAACUGGAAAUCGAAAAAAGAAUAUUUACAAUCGACAACCAAAAUCAUUAGCGAAUGAUUUCAUGUUUUCAAAACAAUACCAUUACCUGCUUCUGGAAAUCACGUACCGUGACGUGAUAGUCAAGACUGCUGACCUUCUCGGGUCGAUCAAAGACUCACUGAAUACAGGAUUUUGCCACUUGACCAUUCAGAACCUGUUGAACUUCAGAACAAUAGAAUCUUAAUGGAUUUAACAAUCGUAGGUGUUAAUAUGAGUUUGGACUAAAAAGAAGGCUUAAACAAAGAUAUGCAGAACAUAUUUGUCCUUUCGACGUGAAAAACAAUUUUUCUAACUCUUUUAUAACGUUAUAACGUGAUUCUCGCUUGCAAGACCACAUUAAAGUAAAUAAAACUGUAAGGCGCACAAGUUGAUUAAAUAGGGAAUAAAAUGGAGAUUUCCACGGUCGCUAUAUCAGCAAUAUUUAGAUCCGUUAACUUUCCAUGUCAAGCUCUCAUUCAGGGGGCCUGUAGCCAGUGAUCAAAGUGUAAUCUCACUAAAAAACCUUCAGUAAUAUACCGAAUUGGAACUUAGAAAUUGCAUUCAAAUGAAGAUGUUUCUUUUGGCACUGAAUAUGAUGUCGAGCCUCUUCUGACCAUAGGUUUCUUUACAGGUGCAUUGGCUUCUUGUCGGCACCCAAAGCCUGGCCAAUUCAUGGCCAAAAAAGAGGGAAUCCCCAGCUAUGUAGACAGUCCAUCAGCAGCUGACUUGGCAAUUGACAGUGAGUAUAAAUCCACCGAUCAUCUUCACCACAAUUAAAUACAUUUUGUAUAUGUUCAUUUAAUUAUUGUGGAAAAUGAUGAGGGGUAUAGGUACAGUGUCUGUUCUAUGAUUUCUCAUUGAGUAUUUGAAAGUACCUCAGAUGUACAAGUAGAAAAAGCUAUACCUGGAAAAAUAAGUAACUGUUGGAAAACUCAAUACUGCAAGUCGGAAAAAUUCUCCUAGGAGAGUUGUAGUGCAACUCUUGAUCUCAUAGGCGCUCAUCCAGGGAAAACAAAGGAACGCUAUUUUCUCUUGGUGCUUAAAGCUUCAAGGAACCUUUUUCGCAGCUCUAUCAGAAUAAUUACUAAUAAUCAUUUACUUGUUUUCGAUGAAAGAGCGCCUCGUGGGACAUCUUCAGUUCAACACUACCAAGGGUAAUGUGGUUGAGGACUCCUCGGGUUAUGCCAAUAACGGCAUCCUUCAAGACGGUGCUAUUGUGGUCAACUUUCCCAAGAGCAAGUGUGGAAAUGCCGCCUAUGUUUACUGCGGGGACAUUCUUUUCCACGGGGACACCUUCCAGGCCAAACCCAGAGAGGGCGUCACAGUUGCUGCUUUUAUCAAUUUGAAGGACGUCGAAGGCAGCCGAUCUGUCUUUGAUACCAUUGGUAUCAGUCAUCAGUGCGGUCAAUUUCACUUUGAGGUGAACUAUGGUUCUGUGCGCUGGUUCCACAGGAAUGAGACUCAGCACAUUAUUUUCAGCGUCACCGCGGAGGGAAAGCAGGUGCCAAAAGGUAUGUGGCUUGCUCAUUAUGUAUUUUCUUUUCAGCAUAACAUUGCUCCCUUAGGACGGGUUUCCUUCUUGCGGCAUCAUUUCAGCUGGCAACCGCUUCAGACAAACAUAGUGGCAAUACGCGUGAAAUCUAAAAUUCUGCAUUUUGGUCCAAAUUAACCGAGAAUACUACACUCACAAGCUCGAAUUUGAUGAAAUUGUUUUUAUCUCUUAAUGAAGAUUUAUAGACCUUCCUUCAAAACGUUUUUGCCUUUUAAAUUUAUGCCAUGCUUAACUAAUCCUCCUUUCGUCGUUUUCUCUCUUACUAGAUCAAUGGACCCACAUUGCAGGAACCUACGACUCCGCUACAGGCAAGUCCAAGAUCUAUGUCAACGGUGAAUUGCGUAACAUGACAAUUGGUGGUGGACUUCUUUCGAGAGACUGGCUUUCAAGGGCUGGAAUUGGUGACCACAAGGCUGGCCGUCCACUUUCGGGAUUUAUCGAUGAGUUCAGGAUCUACAACUACGCCCUGACCAAAGCUGAGAUCGAGGCUUUGGCAAAGAUGUGUCUGCCAGGUAUUUCCUAAAUUAAGUUCAUAUCUUAUUUUCAUGGAUUAGAUUUAUAAAAUGUUUGUUUCCACUCCAAAAUAGAUUCCAAACACAGCUCUUUUGGUUUUGCUCUUUGACUUACCUGCGUAGUUUGUUUUCGCCUCACUGGGAUAAUAUGAUUAUGUAUGCAUGUGCUCCUGUUAAAUGAGUCUUGUUUGAAAGGUGUUACUCCACAAAUGGACAGCAUCAAACCAUCCAACGACAAACCAUCGACCCUCAAUGACGAUUUCGAAUUAGGAAAUAAGGCAAAUGCCUUUGGUCAAGGGCACAAGUCUAACCAACCUCAAGAAGAGUCGGUCGAAGAAGCUAUUCUUUAGGAUGAGCAACGAGAAGACCACCAUUUGCCGACUUGAAUAACAUUGACAAUCAGGAUUGUUUGACGUCACCUAUGUGAACAUGCUCGAUACUGCAUUGAAACACUCUAAAAGCUUCAUGUGAUAGUUGGCUUUUAUUUUUUUCGUUCUUUCUGUUAAUUGUUUACUUGUUUGUGCGUUUUUUCUUCUUCUCUUUGGCGGAAAGUAACAGAAAAUUAAAAGCUAUCACCCAUACGCAAUAUUUUUUGGAGAAACUUGAUUGAGGUUUUCCUGAGUGACGUCAGCAAUAUGCCAGCAUAAUAAUUAAAUCUUUCCAUGCAACGAACAGCAGAUACAACCAAGAGAAAGGAAGAUUUGAAAUCCACCUCGAUCCGCGCCUUAUUAUUUGAUUAUGAUGGGAGAAUUUCUGUACAAAUCGAGUGUAAAUUAAUUAAGUGCUGUGAAAGACCAUAGUUUUCUUUGAUGCCGACUAAGUUUUAAUCAGGUUUCUGUAAAGUAUAAGAAAAGAUGCUAUGCGUUUCGCCUUGAAAUCGGAUGUUUAGCAAAACAAUCAACUUGAAAAUAAAUCCGGGAAUGUUCGUCAUAUCGAUAUACAGUAUUUUUUAAUUUUGAUUGCCAUGAUGUUCGGUGGUUGGGUAUGAUGGUUAAAGCGGGGGAUGAUCUGGAAUAAUAGUAAUUCAUGAAAGGGGCGGGUAAACCUUGUUGACCUCCUUCCCCCCCACCCCCACCCCCCUUCCCCCACGUAACCCCCAAAAGUUGGCGUUACCAUCGAGAAUAUCUAUCGUAUUUCCAGGAGUCCAAUCGGGAACCUCUUUUGUUUUGAGAGAUAAUGUAUCCCGAGCGCUAAAUGAAAACUUUUCAGUUUCAUUUACAGUAUAAUUUUGGUCGCAUAGGAACUACAAGGAUAUUUUUUGAUUACUUGACGUACAGGCUAAAUUUCGAAAAUUAGAACUUUUAAUCUUCAUUUCAACUUUAAGUUCAGGCAAAACAAGAUGCAAAUGUGUGUUAGUUUUUCUCUGGUACGUUGAUUACGUGAAAUUAAGAUUAUUACCUGACCGAGUAACUAGAAAUCAUGCUCACUAGGCUAUCAACAUCGACAAAGUAGGUUUUGGCUAAAACAAUUACAGUGAAUUCAAUGCAGUUCUAAAAUAUUUUCAUUUAGUUGAAUAGACUGAAUUUGGCAAGUAAAGGUUGUGUUGAGUAUAGUUUUCAUCUUCAACAGCGAGAUCAAUUUGACUAAUUAUAGAAAACUGGAGUUAGCUGACAUUAAGGAGUAAAAGAUGCUUGCUAUGUUAACCUGCUGUUUUGGCCUCUAGUUUGUUCCUAACUUGAAAGAAUGUAAAGCGUUUAACUCUAAUUUAAAGAUACUAUGUGCUUUGGGCACAUUUUUAUGAUCAGUUCUAUCGAAAUGUUUCCAAAUUAGUCCUUUAGUGUGGUUAUCAGAAAAAUAAAUUCGAUUCAAAAGAUCCAAGUUUACAGGCUGAUAUGAGCAAAGUACAGGUAAAAUACCAAAACUUCUAUUCGCUUGAGCACGAUAUACUCAAUUACGUAAAACUUCCCCUUUUAGAGCUGUGUUACUUUUGUAAUCCUUGCUUUAGCCUUUGAACCAGUUUUUUGGGGCAUUCCGGAGAUAUUUUUUGGUAUAAGACAUGCCUAAGCUGGAUUUCCCCCCCCCCCUUACACUGGUAAUAGUAAUAGAAGGAAGUGGAAAGGAAAAAGUUAGUUAGGCAGCAUUAUCAUCAUGUUCUUCUAGUGUGGGCGGCAUGCAUGUCACCUUAAUUACGCAAGUGCAUUGACCACAAUAAAUGUUUCCGUUACGGUAAUGCUCUUUGAGGUCGUUGCUUCUUUGCUGCUCACUCAAGCAGCGUGUGACUAUUGCUUGUAGUUACGUGGCCAACAUUAUAUACAAUGUGGUAUCUGACCUAUAUGAAAUUUGGCGUGAUAUCUGACCUAUAUUGGUCAUUGCUCUCUUGCAGCUUCUUGCUGGUCACUCUAGUACCCUAUGAGCGUUGAAUUACGUUUUACGACCUAUAUAAUAUGUAAUUUGAUGUCUGACCUAUAUAAAAUAUGGUGUGGUAUCUAACCUGCAAUAAUUGUUAAGCUUUUGGUGUGCUGGUCACUUGAGUGCCAUCGGACAUUGAUUGAUGUGAUAUGACCUACUGUUUUGAAAUGUAAAAAUAGCUCUGGUACAUGAUAUUGGAUUUGAUGCAUAACUAAAAUAGGAAAUGGAGUAAGAUCUGACCUACAUCGUACGUGAUAUGAUUUCUUAUAUAUGAAAAUUGUAUUGUUAUAGGUGGUGGCGGCGCCGCAGGUAGUACUCCAGCACCAACUGCAACCCCACCCUCCGGCUCAACCCCCAAGAAACCUUCUGACCGAGUAAGUAACGAUGCUGAAUUCGCACGCAAGGCCGGAAAACAUUUCAAGUUCCCUCAAGAAGAAUCUGUGGAGGAAGCUGUGCUCAAAAGGUCAUCUGUGAGAGGAUCACGCAGCGUCGAUGUGCUGUAAACAACAACAAACAAUUGAAUGAAUGACGUUACUCAUGAACUUAAACUCGAUGCUAGUCAAGGUAUCGGCUAGAAUUGGAUUUUCUCUCUUUGAAACUGGACAAUGUUUAAAAACCCAACCAACAUGUAAAGUAAGGCAUCUUCGUUAUAGGAGACCUCUUCUUUGUAUUACAAGAGCCCCGUUAGUGUGGUUUUUAAACAAGGGAUGUAUCAUGACGUAAAAUCAAAACCCUGUCAAACCGUCCACAACUGUCGAUUAAAUGCUUUGUGCAUCAUUGUUCUCAUUCUUUGGUAUUUCUGUCACUUAACAUCGCACGUUUUGCAAUCACUCAUAAAUGGCGUGCAACAUGAUUGGCGGGUAAACUUAGUGAGAUCAAACAUCGAUGUAAAAUUUUCACGAGAAUACGAGUCUAGAUCCGACACUGAAUGACUUACGGGUACAUGCGACCGUUUAUGGGUAGUUCUCUUCCCUUCAUUUCUAGUUUUAUGGCCAGUUUAUGUAACACGGCUAAUGUUUUCAUGUAAGGAACUAAUGUACAAAUUGCUUGUAAAGUUAUCUUUGAUUUUUCAUGGUACUAAAUUAUCUACCGUUUCCAUAAUACUAUUUGAUUUUCUAAGCUUGAUGUUAGUACAAUAAAACGAGCGAGAUAAAGUUGUGUUUUAAAAUUUGAAAGAAAUGUUUGGAUGCCGAAUAGCUAAGAAAUAAACACGGGC